GCAGAAAAAUAGCAGCCAGCUAUGCUGUUAUAUUUGCAACUUUUAUUCUUUUUCAAGAAAUUGCCAAUUCUUAUGCACAGGUUACCUUUUCAAGGGACUGGAACGCUGGGAAAAGAUCAGUAUCAGAAUGCAGCCAAAUGUCAAUUAAAUCUGCAGCUGCUAUCUGCCAAAUGUUAUUAGGUGAAUUAAAAUCAUUAGCAACCUGUGAAAUGCGUUCAUUACUUUCUACAAGAGUUUCUGAAGAGGUGGACAAUCCUCCUGAUGUAUUUUCAUCUCGCACUGGAUAA